UAUGUUUAUCCGGAAAAACUUUUCAGUGGUGGAGGUAGUUUCAGUCGGAAGUUUACAAAAAUGGCCUCGCAACGUGACACGUCCACUAUCUGCCUUUUCGAUGUAGAUGGCACCCUUACAGCCGCUCGACAGGUUAUCAAGCCGGAAAUGGAAGAUUUUUUAGAUAAGUUAAAAACUCGAGUAGCUGUAGGUCUUGUUGGUGGAUCAGAUUUAGUUAAAAUUGUGGAACAAAUGGGUGGAAAUAAAGAUGUUAUUAUUAAAAAGUUUGAUUAUGUGUUUGCUGAAAAUGGUUUAGUAGCCUAUAAAGAAGGUGAACAAAUAGGCCAACAGAAUAUAUUAAAACAAUGUGGAGAAGAACUAUUACAGAAGAUUAUAAACUUUGCACUACAGUACAUGUCUCAGUUACAAUUACCAUGUAAAAGAGGUACAUUUGUUGAGUUUCGCAGUAGUAUGCUAAAUAUAUGUCCUGUUGGUAGAAGCUGUUCACAAGCUGAAAGAAAUCAAUUUAUAGAAUUUGAUUCAAAAAACAAAAUAAGAGAAAAGUUUGUAGCAGAAUUGUAUAAAACAUUCCCUGAUGCUGGUUUACAGUUUGCUAUAGGUGGACAGAUUAGUAUAGAUGUCUUUCCUAUUGGAUGGGAUAAAACAUACUGUUUGCAGUAUGUGGAAAAAGGAGGAUAUAAAAGUAUUCAUUUCUUUGGUGAUAAAACUCAAAAGGGAGGUAAUGAUCAUGAAAUCUAUGAAGAUAAUAGAACAAUAGGUCAUACAGUAACUAGUCCAGAAGAUACUAGAAAACAAUUAACUGAUAUAUAUUUUACAGAUUAACAUAUAUUAGGGAUUUAUAUUAUUGUUAUGUUAUUGUGGGUCUGUUAAGAGUGCUAUGUACAUGUAUGAUUAUUGUGUAAAGCACAUUUACAUAACAGAUAAAAAAAAAAAUUCAGAUUUAAUGUGCUCCUAUUGAACCAAGGAAUUCCAAUUUGUUUAGAUAUUUUUCAUUUGUUUACUGUAUUUACCACCAUCAAUUAGUAAGCUAAAACUUCAAUAUGCUUCAAGGAAUUUUAAUAUUUUAAUAUUUUUAUUUUGUUCACUGUUGCUUUGUUAUUUGUGAUCAUUUAUCAUCAUCAUUUAGUAAAGUAUACUAAAACUUCAUGUUCAAUAAAGUCAGCUACCUUGGCUAGAAUUAUAUCUCAAUGUGCAAUAUUUCACACAAAUGAAUAAGUUGUCAUCAGAUACAAUAAUCUACUUAUAUACAGAGAAAAUCAUAUUUUUAUCAUUAUGUUUUAUUGGGGUUGUAAUAAAUAAAUAUAUUUAUAAUA